AUGGUAUCUGGAUCAAAGGCCCCAAUCCGCAUUGCGGUCAUGGGCGUCACAGGCUCUGGGAAGAGCACAUUUAUCCAGCGAGCAAGCCAAGCAGAUGUUGGGAUCGGGCACAGUCUCUCUUCCUACACUGCCGACGUUGCACCAUACGACUUCGAGCUUGACGGACAUCAAGUGACAUUGAUCGACACACCUGGGUUCAAUGAUACAGUCCGCAGUGAGGCAGAAGUUCUGACGGCAAUCGCGAACUAUAUGGACUUCACCUAUCGCAACCCACCACAUCUCAAACUCAACGGUAUCAUCUAUUUGCAGUCGAUCCAGGAUCCACGAAUGUAUGGCUCUUCACUCCGCAACUUGAAGAUGUUCAAGGAUCUGUGCGGAGAAUCGCCAAUGAAGAAUGUGGUGCUUGUCACAAACCGAUGGGAAGAUGCCCGCGUCACCGGACAAGAACAACAAGCCCGCGACAAAGAAGUCGAGCUUCGUACCAGGACCGAGUUCUGGCAGCCUCUUCUCAAACGUGGCGCUCAGAUGAUGCGAUGCGAAGACUCGCACGAAUCUGCCCUCACCAUCGUCCGUCGCUUCAUCAACAACCGUCCCGAAGUCCUCCAGAUCCAAACCGAACUGGUCGAGCAAUCCAAACCCCUCAUCGAAACCAAAGCCGGCACGACCGUGAACGAAGAAGCUCUCCGCGUGGAAAAGAAAUACCAAGCCGAACUCGACCAGAUCCGCAAAGAAAUGGACGAAGCCCGCGCAGCCGCAGACCUCGAAGUCCAAGAAGCACUCGAACUCUCCAAGAAAGAAUACGAACGCAAAUUAGACAAAGUUCGCGACGAGCAAGAGCUUCUUCGCUACGAACGAAGGAAUGAGAGCAGGAGAAUGCAAAGUGAAAUGGACGAUUUGAAAGCUGCGUAUGAACGCGAACUAGGUAAACAUAAAUUGGAUUUUGAGGAUACGGUCAGGACGUUGCUGGCUAAUCAGGAUCGUCUUAGAGAGGAGCAGAGGAGGGUUGUGACGGCGGAGAUUGAGGCGAUGAAGAAGAAGCCGAAGGAUAAGAGGAGUGGGACGGCGUUGGUGGUGGGGUUGGUUAAGACUGUGGGAAGCGUGGCACUGAGCUCGAUGGGGAUUCCGAUGGGGUUGAUUGCGCCGGUUUUCGCAUUCUUGACUGGUGGUGGGUCGGGUGGUGAAUACUGA